AUGUCUCCGCCUGUUGCUUCUGGACGGGAGAGGGAGUCGAACACUGCACGACUUCUGGGCUCCGGUUCCGCUGGUAUCGCCGAAUUGGCCGUCUUCCACCCCGUCGACACCAUUGCGAAGCGAUUGAUGAGCAACCAGACCAAGAUCUCCGGCAUCGACCAGCUCAACCAGGUUAUCUUCAAGGACAAGGCCACCGCGCCCGCCGGCCGCAAGUUCUUCUCCCUCUUCCCCGGUCUGGGCUACGCCGCCGGCUAUAAGGUCCUGCAAAGAAUAUACAAGUACGGCGGUCAGCCCGUUGCCAGGGACUACCUGAGCAAGAACUUCGGCGAGGAUUUUGAGCGCGCUUUCGGCAAGAAGACUGGCAAGGCCAUCAUGCACUCCACUGCCGGCAGUUUGAUUGGUAUCGGAGAAAUCGUUCUCCUCCCCCUUGAUGUCCUCAAGAUCAAGAGACAGACAAACCCCGAGGCCUUCCGCGGUCGUGGCGUGUUCAGAAUCGUCGCCGACGAGGGCUUCGGUCUGUACAGAGGAUGGGGCUGGACUGCCGCCCGUAACGCACCUGGUUCCUUCGCUCUGUUCGGUGGUUCCGCUUUCACGAAAGAAUACCUCUUUAAGCUUGAGGACUACAACAAGGCCUCGUGGUUCCAGAACUUCAUCGCCUCUAUCGCCGGUGCAUCUGCCUCCCUAGUCGUAUCCGCCCCCCUGGACGUCAUCAAGACCCGUAUCCAGAACCGCAAUUUCGAGAAUCCCGAGAGCGGCUUCAAGAUCAUCUCCAACAUGAUGAAGAACGAGGGUGCCGGCGCUUUCUUCAAGGGUCUUGUUCCCAAGUUGUUGAUGACUGGCCCGAAGCUGGUCUUCUCCUUCUGGCUGGCACAGACGCUCAUUCCCGCCUUCGAUGGUAUGCUUAAAUAA